AUGUGCUCUGAAUUCAUAGAUAUUGCAGUUCUAAUGGACGCCUCGGGAAGUGUUGGCGAGGAAAACUUCGAAAGAGAAAAGCAGUUUGUCAGUUCGUUGGCACGUUCGCUUAGUAUUGAGGAGGGCGAUGCACACCUUGCUGUGGUUAGUUAUAGCAAUUCAGCUCAGGUUCACAUUCAGUUAACAAAUUCCACCGAUCAAGACCAAUUCAACGAAGAACUGAGGCAAAUCCCCUACACUGGAUUCACGACUAACAUCCGUUUUGCAUUACACGUCGUUGAUACUCAAGUCUUUGGAGAAGGACGAUCCUCCCGCCCCUACGUAACACGCAUCGUCAUCCUCCUCACAGAUGGGCGCCAGACUCGACACCCAGAGGACGUAUUCCAGACAGACCCAGUUCAGAAUCUCCGAGAUAAAGAAGUCAAACGGGUCGCUGUAGGGGUCGGGUGA